AAUUGUUUGGGCGCGAAUCGCUCUGAGCGCGGCUCCCUGAACUCAAUCAAGAGGCGUGUGGUUGUCAGUCGUGGAGCGAAGUGCAGCCUUAGAGAUUGGCGUCUUUGGCCUUGAGGUUGCUGCGGUCGGCGGCGUCGCUCUCCGGCGGCGUCACGUGUCAAGAGAAUUUGGGAUUGGAAAUGACUUGGUUAGGCUGACUCGUCCUUUCCACCCAGUGUCAGCUGCAGCAUAUUGGUGCAGAUUUUUGAAGCACUGUUAGAAUUAUUCUGUUUAGAUCAAGAUGUCUAGCAAAGCAAAUCCUCCCAAGAAAAGGUCUCAACCGUUAAAAAGAAAUCCAAAAAGAAAAAUUGAUGAUGAAGAAGUGGAGUCAUCAGAGAAAGAGGUUAGAAAACCAGCGAGAAAAAAUAAAAAUCAUCCAAAGCGUCCGUCUUCUGAAGAGACAGGACAAACAAAGAGUACUAGUCUAAAACUGGUAAAGAUAGCAUCCAACAAAAGAAACACCUGGCAGCCUCUUUCGAAGAGUAGCACAGAGCAUUUGCAAACUAUUAUGGAAACAGUAAUAAUAACAAUUUUGAGUAAUAGUCGUACUAAAAAUGAACAAACUCAGUAUCAUCUCAACUGCCUGAAGAAAAGAUUGCUACAACAGUUUGAAACCCUAAAAGUCCCUCCCAAAAAGCAGAAAGAUUUAAGUAAUGUGUCAAGUCUACUGAAAAUGGAAAAGGCACAGCACAGAGCUAAUGAAGAAGGUCUCGCAUUGUUGCAGGAAGAAAUAGAUAAAAUGGUAGAGACCACAGAGUCGGUGACUGAGAAUAUUCAGACCCUGAAGAACAAAAUUCAAAUUCUGACAAGUGAGGUAGAAGAAGAGGAGGAGAAGGUAAAACAGACAUUUCAAAUUGAUAGUGGGGUACUCUCUCUUCCAGAACUUUCUCAGAAGAGUCUCAAAGCACCCACACUUCAGAAAGAAAUUUUGGCACAGAUUCCAAACCAGCUCCCUCUUCUGAAGGAUUUGGAUGUCCUCCAUAAUUCAUCGCAGAUGAAGAACAUGUUAACUUUCAUCGAAGAAGCCUAUAAGAGACUGGAUGCCUCUUAAAGAGUGUGUUUUAGAUCGUUCCAUAGCAAUUUAAUGUUGAUCAAGGUGUAAAACUAUUAACCUGUGAUGAUAUUGCAUAGGCCAGGGCUUCUUCAGGAUUUAUUAUUUCCUCAUGUGCAGUUUAAAAUUAGCCUCUGUAAAUCUACCAUUAGCAUCUGAUAUAGUCCUGAAAACUCCGUGUUUAGCAGUUGCCAGGUCAAGGAGUUCAUAUUUAUGUUGCUCUAUUUCCAGUUAUUUGCCUGAAACCAUAAAAUAAGACCAGCCACAAUCCAAUGAUUUAUAAUGGCUGAAUCGAGCUCAUUUAUUUAUUGGUUAGUGCCUAGGAAAUUUGAUACUGUGGCUUAAUGUAUGUAAAGUGUUUAUAGUGCCUAGUUCAUAAAAAGUAGUUCAUAAAUGUUUACUGUUGUUAGUUAGCUGAAGACUUGCGUUUUCUAUUUGGUCAUCUGGAACUUGGGAAAAACCCAAAAAUGUCUUUACUUUUUUACAUAACUCCCUAGACUUUGUGGUGUAAUUAAGAUUUGCCAGGUGUCUUUAACUUUGGGAGGUAGCAUGGACGUUUUAUUUCUUUGGUUGAGUUAGUGAAGAGAUGUUGAAUAUUUAUUUUCCCAGUCAUCAAAGCAUACUUUAAUUUCAUAAAAUUAUGAAAAAGGAACAUAAGUAUAUUUAUUCCCUUAAAAGAGAAAACAAAAUAGUCCUUUCUAAACCUUUCCUCGUUGUGAUGAUAAUAUGUAUAUACAUGUAAAUAAAUGAUCACUAAAAUAUAUCAAAAAUCAUUUCUGACCAACUGCAGUAUAUUGUCUGGAUUGCUUUUAUAUUA